AGUGAGCAUGUAAAUUUCAUGGGAUGUGUUAGAGAGAUCGGGGAGAAUCUUCUUUGGAUACGCUGGGAUUAUUAAGCUUGGAAGAUGACGCCUUGAUCAAAAACCGCGCACAAAAUAUAAACUACGUUAGAGGUGCAACAUGGACAAGUUAGUGCUUCUUGAAGAGAUGCUACCGGGCAUCGAGGACUACCUCCGCACUUUCCUUGCCAAAGAAUCCAUGUCGUCGCUUGGGGAAAAGAAACGCCAGUAUUACGUGGAACGACUGGAAGCUCUUCGACUCCCUCCAUCCUUACCACCCAGACCCUCAGGCCUCCAUAGAGCUCCACCCAAACCUCCUGAAGUCCCUCCGCCUCCUGAGCCAGAACAGGAAGAUUUUAUAGAGAAACAACGACAGAUUUCCAGAGCUUCAACUCGAAAAGCGAAGGAAAAGGAAGAUGAAAACCCAUAUAGUGAUGCAGAAAGUGUUGGGCUGUAUGAUGACUUAGAUGCUGAUGACCUCCCCCGCACCAAUGGCUCACUCCAUGGAGGGGGACUUGAGGAAGAUCUGUAUGAGGAACCUCUGCAGAGAGAGGAGGGGCUAGACCAGACAGAUGAUGGAGGUAGCGACACAUCGUACGAAACCUAUGAUGAAGAGGAUGGCGAUGUUUUCUCCCCAUUUCCCAUGGAGCGUAUCCCUAGCCUUAAUGAACAAGACAUUCCACUUCCCAGCCCUGUUUUACCCUCUGAAGAUUUCUUUGUACGAAUUCGAUCAAAAAAGAAAAAGAAGAGUAAAGAGAAGGACACUAAAAGAGAAGAAAAGGGCAGAGAAUCUGAUAGCGACACAACCACAACUAGAACUCUAAAAAAUAUCACCCACUUUGGUGAUCUGUAUCAUAAAGGAAAACUUACAUGGACAAAACGCUAUUGCGUAAUAAGUGACAAAAGAUUAUUAGUUUAUAAAAACGAGAAAGACAUGAAGGCAAUUAUAGACCUACAUUUACAAGGUUAUGAUGUUAUUUAUAUGGAGAAGGAGGGGAAAAGGAAUCACGUUUUAAGAAUCUCCCACCCUGGCUGCGAGACACUGUGGUUCAGUGGAGAGACAAAGGACAGUACGGACUCGUGGUUACAGGCCCUACUCACUGCUGCUUUUACGGAGGAUCAUAUACCACCGUCAGCUUCCAGUAUGAGUUUCGAUCGCACCUCUGUUGAACCCCUUUCAAGCAAAGAGGGGUCCCCACCUCAAAGUGUACUAGUCAACCAAGCAAGCCAUUACAAUAUCACUCCUUCUGAAUCUAAGGUGGCAUCUGAAGAAGCACCAUCCCAGUCCCACUCAGCUCAAACUCACACUGACACAGAGGCUGGGUAUAAAUCUGAUGGUGGUUGCUCUACGGGAACAGGGCAGCAGCCAACCCCAGGGAAAUCAGAAACCAAUGGCGCUGAACUCCGCACCCAUGCCAAAAAGUCUUCUCUGAGUCUCGGGCAACGAGCCAGUCAUUUCUUUGGCACAUUUGGAAAAAAGAAGUCCAAGAAACAUUUAACAAUCACGUGCUCCCACGACAUAUCAGAUACGCUGGAUACAAUCAGUAUGGACCCAGAGGCUGGUGAUACAGAUGUCUCAAUGUCAGGUCACCUCAAUGUCCAGAGCAGUCUCAGUGAGAACCCAGAUUGGGCGGAGCGCUGGUGUCUCAUAAGACACGGCAUGCUCGAGUGCUACGUAAAAAGUAACGACGAGACACCAGAGUUUGUGUUUGCGCUGUAUGGUUGUGAAAUUUCCCAGGCACCAGAAACUGGGAAGGAACUUGCAAUAAAGAUCUCACAGGGUGGCUAUGAGAAGUGUAUAAUAGAAGCUAGCAAUACUCUGAGACAAGGAAGGUGGUUGGCUAAACUUAUCAAGGAAACCGGUUGUGCGUUCUCAUCUCCGAAGACCCCCAUGUCUAGCAGUAGCGCUGGCAGCAGGAAGAGCAAUCUGUAUGAGGAGGCGUUACCAGCCACUGAUGAUGAAGGCGGUGCUAUUAAAGAAGAAACGAGCAGUGAUGGGGAAUACCUCUAUGAUGACAUCGAACAAAUACAAAGAAGUUUCGGCUCCCUGAACAUUCGGACCUCCUCCAGACCCGACGAAGAUCCUUACGAACACGCGUAUGAACAGACAUACGAGGAUCUGGAUGUGUUUGGGGAUCACUAUAAUACAAGCUUGGAGUCUACAAGCGAAAAAUAUUUAGAUAUAGACGAACUGGCCAUGGAUCGACCACGGAGCUCCAGUAAUUCAUCUUCCAGUGCCAAAGUGGACAUCAAUGCAAAUAUUGGAAUCAAAGUGAAUGGAAAUAACAAUUCUAGGAGAUCAUCUGCCUCGAAUUCUCGGCAUUCUUCAAUAUCAUCUGUUGGAGACAGUCUCGAAGAGUUGCUUAACACCAUCAGUGAUUGGAGGAAAAAGGUUGGGCAGGUGAAAAGGAAAAGAAACUUAAUAAGAGAUAGGAAGAUCCAGAGUAAGGUUUCCUCGGAGCGGAAGAAUCUGGAGGAAGAGUAUAACCAGCUUGAUGCCGAAUUCAAAGAAGCUUCUGAUGAGUUGUUGAAAUGUGAGACAAAAUUGGAAGAACUCAAGAGAAACAAGCCUGAAGUUGCUGCAAAAGUAGAGGAGCUGCGUCCUGUUGCUGCACGCCGACGCUCAAGCACGGGGAGCAACGUGAGUGACUCAUCACGCGUCAGCCAAAUGACAAUGAAGCUGAAUUCCAAGGAUUCUAGAUCUUCUUCAAAUAGCCCCUUACGCCCAGUGAAAUCGCUUAACUCAGCAAAAGUGAAGCAGAAAAUCAUGGAGACGGAGCUGAAGUCCACCAUUCCUGACGUGGCGCGUGCUGCGGCCAGACAGACUAUUGGACGGAGCAUCACUCAGAUCAAGUCUCCCGCCAGUAAGAGGAAGGUGUUCGUCAGAGAAACCAUACAGAACCCGCAAUUAUCCAGUAGUUUACUCUCACAGAGGACGGAGUCUACAGAAGUCACGGAGAGAAGAGAAAAGCGCCUGAGAAGCCAGACCCUACCUGGGGGUGUUGCUGACCCCCAGCGCCCUCUAUCCGGUUACAACGCAACUGAAAUCUCUGUGAAAGAUAAACUGAAGGAAUAUGAUGGCAGUGACCUCUAUGAGCCAGUGGAGGCUCAGGCUUUGAGGCAACCUAAGUCAGCAACUUUUACAUCAGUAAGAAGGCAAUGGGAAUCAAUGGCAGAAAAGAAAUAACAAUCGGAGAACAAGAAAUGAAACUUCAGCAUAUCCAUACUAAAAUGGUGGAUCUGCCAGAGACUCGGACUCAUGGCAACCAGUGUGAUCUUCCAGUCAAUCAUAAAUGUUUACUCAUGGUAACCAGGCUAAUUGUCACCACACCCAGCCAAAGCAGCCAAUGGAAGUAGGCAGCUCAUUGUGAUUACCAACCAAUGAAAAGUGCUGUUUUAUUAAUACAUGGCCAGUUUGUGCCUGAUGUUUCUGCUCAUAUCAGUUCAUGGGGCAGGGAGGACUGACUUAAUUUCACUACCAUGACGGAUAUACAAAAACAUAUUGACAACCUAAUUAUGAUCAGGAUCUUCCAUGUGGUAUCUUAAAACUUCAGUUUUAUACUUAAGAUUCAGUUAUUUUCAAGUUUACUGUCUUUCAUUAAAUAUUUCUUCAUCAUGGCAAUGAUAACUUAUGAUCAAACAGUAAAAUGCCGAUUCCUGUGGGAAAUUUAUGUAUUGUUCGUAAUUUGAUCAAAAGUAAAAUCGAAAUGGUUCCCAUUUUUUUCUAUUUUGAAGCAAAGUGUUGUGCCAUAUGUAAAUGUGCUGUUAAUUGUUCUUUAUUUUUUGUUUAUUUCUUAAUUUUUCAUUUUACUGAAGAUAUUCGAAUUGAUCUUGUCUUUUUGGUGAUUACAGAUUGGAACAUGGAUUGAUGAUCAUCCAAAAUAAGCCUUAAAAUCAAUCAAAAUAUUUUAGAUUUCAUUUGUACCAUUUUGUAAUGAUUUUAAUGUUGAACACUGUAACUGCUAUUAACUAGUGACCAAAAUAAUCAUGUGCUGUAUGUUAUAACUGAUUCAUUUACAACAAAAAGGUAUGUGGUAGCAGAUACAUCUGUACAUUAUUUUUUGGUAUGCACAUUUUUUUAAAUGCCAUUUCUUCCAUCAUGUUUGAUUCUGCAGAUAAAUGUUCUCUGGGAAGUCCAAGUUCUUCCAUUGCUGCCAUAUACAGCUGCAAGCAAUACUUUUUUGGAAUGAUUUUAUAAAUCUGCUGUAUUCGUAUUCUUCUAUUGAAGUCUUUAAAUAAUGCAGUUUUACUCAUUUUUUCCUCAUCACUGUCUUGAUGAUCAAUUUUUGAAAUACAGUUUGUACAUCUGGUGUCUAGGUCUGGUAUAUAUUAAGUAGAAGAGUGAAGAAAUGCUUUAGAUGUUUGACAAUAGAAAAAAAAUUAUCCUCGCUAAGUGACAAAGUUAAGAUUUAUCUCCACGUCUUUAGUGCUGAGAUUAAUAUCUGAUGUGUCAGUUAAAGCUGUCAAAGAAUGUAAAAAAA